UCACUACGUAGUCCAGAGCCCAAACAGCACCAGCCAACGCAGAGGUCACUCUAGCUGCCAAUUCUAGCCGAUAUACGCAGAGUACACCUCCGAGAAACACGUACUUCGUGGCCUGUACUACUGGUUCUGAAAGGAACGAUUACGACUCAGGUGUCACAGUGUGCGUGGAUAAAGAGCGGUUCCUGUCUAGCCGUCGCCCACUGAGUGGUAAUCACUCAAGAAGAGGCAUCCGGGUAUAGGGGAUUCACUCAUUCAACGAGCUGCAGAGGUGGAGAAACCUGGUUACUGGUAGACUGCGCAACCCGUGACAUCUGUUGACUGCAAGAAAGAUACCGGUUUACCUUGAAGGCAACUUACAGGUUACCGGAGCAGUCGACCACACGCGGCUGCGUGCAGAUAAUGUGCUAAGUGUCUCUUCCUUCAAGUGGAAAAGAAUUAACAAUGGAUACCCUCGUCUUCAUCAUCUGUCUUCUUCAAGUGUGCGCUGCUCAGGGCCCGGUCUACGUGAACCCCGGCUCCGGGGGCGGCCAACCGGCUGCCGCGCAGAGUACGGGGUCGGCGCCACUGGUCACCCAGACGGUGUACGGCUUCCUCGACUUCACGACCACGAUCGGCAACACCGUCAUGAUCUUCUCGCCGCAGAGCGCCCCGCCGGCAGGAGCUGCGCCGAGCCCGAAACCGACCACGAAGACGACCGUGAUCGAGACUCGACCGCCGACCACCAGCAGCGCGGCGCCGCCAGCGGCUAUCAAGCCCAGCAAGACCGUCUCCAGCGACCCCACGUCGGACAAGAAGGCCCGGCCCGCAUCCAACGUGGAGGUGCGCGUCGGCGCUCCGGCCACUGUCGUCUUCUCCAGCGUGGUCGAAGUGCGCAAACCGGCCGCCUCCAGCAAGGUGCAGGUGCUGACCGGGCCGGCCUCCAGCGAGGUCCACGUCCAGAACAGGCCGCCCUCCAGCGUCGUCCACAUCGUCAAGGCGCCGGUGAGCAAGGUGGAGGUCCGCGGUCCCGCACCGAGCGCCAGCCCUGUGCCGAGGCCCAAAUCGGCGCCCUCGAGCGUGGUCGAGGUGCGCGGCGGCGCCUCCAGCGUCGUCUUCUCGCCCGCGUCGCGGCCGCCCCCGCAGCUGCUGUCCUCCGUGGUCGAGGUGCUCUCCAGCUCCUCCAGCGACGACGAGCCGGCGGUGCUGCUCGGCGACAACGCCCUAGAGCCAGAGUACGACUUCCUUUCCAGGCAGCCCUCGGAGGUCGUCGACGAGACCUAUAAGGUGAUUAACUUGAAGCCCAGCAGCAAGUUCCACCUGAAGGGACGCCAGUCGUCGAGCGUACACCCGAACCACAAGUCGUCGAGCAAGCACGUGCUCGUCAGCUCGACGCGGCCUGGCUCGUCGCCCAAGGUGCGGCCGACGCCCGUUUCGUCCUCUGCGCGCAUCCUCAAGACCGCAGCGCCGCGGCCGCGCCCUCAGGCGCAGCAGCUGGAGCCGACGCCGGUGGCCGGCACGCUGGCCGACGAGACGGCCGCCCUGCCCCUGGAGGCGCUCUUCAGCUCCGCGCCGGGCCUCACCCGCAACCAGCGCCGGCCGGCGCACCACCGGCCGGGCAAGCACGACGAGGCCGUCGACGAGGCGCACGUCGCCCCCAGCGCCGCCCACGGCAGCCACGGCAAGCACGGCAAGAAGCACUCCUCCGCCCGCCAGCAGGCCGCCAGCGCGGUCAGGCCGACGUCCACCCAGAGGUCCGGCUUCCGCUCCACCAAGACAGGGUCGGGCAACAGCCGCUACUCGAGGCCCGAGGUGUCUACCGUGUCGGUGGUGCACGAGACCAGCACAGUGGCGGCGGGGCGCCGCGGGCAGAACCGCGACGCGGGGGCGGCCGCGUCCUCCGCGGCAGAGCACGCCUCCGCCGGCACCAGCGUGUACAAGUUCAAGCUGAACCGGCCGAGCGGCCGCUGGCAGUACAAGACGACGCCCAAGCCGCGCGUCACCAUCCGGCGCGGGCAGCAGGAGGACGAGGAGAACGGCGUGGCCCCGGCACAGCAACAGUUCGCCCCCGCCGCCACCCCGCAGCUGCCGCCGCUGCAGCCCGAGCCGCAGGCACUCUCGAGGGCCGACACCGACGCCGACCACGACCUGGAAGGACCGUUGCCCCAGGGCGAGACGGAGCAGCAGCUGGCGACUGAGGACAGGGCGACACUGGUCUCCAACCCAGACGGAGACGCCUCCCCACCGGUCGCCGAGACCAUCAAAGUCGAGAUUUCCACUCCCGCUGACUUCAAGGACGUCUACUACGAGAUAGCCACCAUCAAAUCGCCGUACACAUUCCAGGUGGGCACGGUGCGCAACACGCGCUUCAUCACGGUGACGUCGACGUUCGAGCGCCUGCUGGAGCCCAGCAAGACGGAGGCGCCCGGCACUGCGCCUGGAGGCGUGCCGACGGCGGCACCCGCCCCCGCGCCGGAGAACAUCCUCUCGCUGGAAGGCAGCCUGCCGCUGGAGGCGGGCAUGGCGACACUGCCCGUGCUGACGCUGUCGCCCGGCACCGAGACGCCGCCGCUGCACACCACCACCGAGACCUUCAGCACGACCACGCUGCUGCUCAAGACGCACGUCCUGCCCAUCGUCGCCCCUGCCGGCAACACCACCAGCAGGUACACGCUGGUGCAGUCGUACCAGGUGACUCGACACGUGACUGCGACCCGCACGCUGCCGCCGACGCACCUCUUCCAGUUCGAGGCGAGCCGCGCGCUCACCGACCUGAGCUCGCACCUCGAGGAGGCGGGCUCCGAGCUGCACCUCGAGCUCGACCUGUCCGACAACCACCAGCAGGACGGGCAGCUGAGCCGCGAGGACCACGCGCGGCCCAAGAAGGCGCCCACGCCCGCGCUGCUGCUCGACGCCGCCAACAACCAGCCGCAGCUGACUCCGGAGCAGCUGCAGCAGCUGGCUCUGCUGCGCUACCUCAACCCCGGUGCGGCGGCGGCGCUGCCGCAGGUGGUGACCACGUCGCGGCCCGUUCUGCGCAUCGAGACGAUCUUCGACUCGCACGUGGUGCCCGUGUACGACGGCCAGAGCACCGUCUUCAGCACGAUCCGGCGGCCCGUGGCCACCGUCAGCAAGACCGAGUUCGAGUACGGCACCGCCACGGUGGCGCCGCAAGCGCCCGCGCCGCAGCCGCCGCUCAACCCGCUCAACCCACUGGCGCCGUUCAACCCGCUCAACCCGCUGCAACCGCAACAACAGUUCGCAGUCACCUCGACGCCAGUUGUCACGCAAACGGUGGUCACCGAGACGGAGAGCAAGAUCCUGAAACUGACGUUCGGCGCAAAGACGGCGUACACGACCCUGACGUCGACGCGCGUCGUGCCGACGCUGCUGACGACGUACGUGACGACGUCCGUUCCCGUCCAGGCGACGGCGCCGCCGGCCGCCGCUUUCCCGGGAUUCUUCCCGUCGCCGUACGCACAGUUCCCGUUCGUCGGCUGAACGCGUAGCCAGAGCGGGGGCGAAAUCGGCGCCCGAUGCCUGAAGCGGCUCUUCGAGUCGCCGCUACACUCGUCGUAUCGCAGGACAUAUCAUGCAGCCGCCCACCGCGACACACAGCGCUUGCUCAAAAGACGUGCCGUCACAUCGCUGCAUCCCUCUCACUGUGUCGCGGUCAAGUGAUGUGUCUGCGAAGACGGACAUUCAACAGUGUACGCUUUCUGUCAACCCGAAAUACGUCCGCAGUUACCUGUUCAACCUUACUCUACCGUGCUCAGCCAGUGCUCUGACUCCGCACAACCAUACGUUCGAACGAUAAACGUUAUCGCUGCGUACCAAACCAAAUGUGAGUUAGGUUGUGAAGCAACGAAUCUUCAGCAUCGAAUCAUACGUACUUUCUUCACUUGAGUGUCAUCGGUGGACAUAGAUGCUCUUCAGUUUCUGUGCUCUGAAACUUAAACGGUGAACGCGUUUAUGAGUGUAUAUACAAGUGAUAUGAACUUCUUGUGGAUCUUAGGUAAUAUAUAAGAUCACGCUACAAGUCACGUGGUUUUCUAACCUCCAGUCUUAGUGACAAUUUGGGGUGAAGUCCGUAAAUUGUCAGAGUAGUUGUAAAUCCACAAAUACUUUAUAAAUCUACAGUAUUGUGCUGAUAACGCUAUGAACCAACUAAUUUAGGCUGGAAACGCCUUUGUGUGGGAUUAAAAGUGGUAUUAUACUUGGUAGUCGUAGUCAUAACCAGCAAGAACAGUGAACUUCACGAGUAGCAAAGAGGCAGUUAUUUACCACAGUAGCUGCAUACAAAUGUCUUAGUCAGCUGUGGGAAAUAUGACAGUGCCUACGUGAAAGGUUUGUGCUCGAAAUGUUGUCACUUUCUCGAAUCACAUGACGUUUCUCGGCCGUUGUGAGUGAAGGACAUCAAAAUAAGUCUUAAACCAUUACCACCUCUGUGCUGUCGUUAGUGAUGGACCUGAGAUUGCCGAAUAAUCUGCCUCCCACAGCCGUAGUGCACCAUGUGUCUCGUUCGUGCUUUCUAAGAUAGAUAUAUUGAAAAGUGUGGUCGCAAUUGUAAAAAUAUUGAGUGCUUGCACUUAAUAUGUACUCUCAUGCUGAGUAGGUUCAUUGGGAAAUGGCAGUAAUAGAGGUCCAAUGUAGAAAGAGGCUAAUCAAUUUGUUGCAGAAGGCUGAUAUUUACGAAUUGUAUAGCUUGUUGAAGUAGGGUCACACCUGUGGCCUUGAUACUACCAAUAUUUUGGGAAAAGACUAAAAUAUUCUUUUAUGGCGUGAGAGGGGUAUUGUGGGGCUGCAAUCGUUUGGGUCUGCACUCUUACCAUUGAUUGGUUUCAGUGGGAAAUACCAGAGUGCCAGAUGCCAGCAACUUGGUAUGUAAGUACUUCCGUUGCUUUCAUGUUACGGAGAGGCCUGUAAGGCGGUACAAGGUGAACGUGCUGCGGGAUAAUGCCAGGUUAACGGGCACGUCGAGAGUUCACGUCAGAACUCCGCCGCUCGCGAGGGUGGGGCCGCGCGCGGCGAAUGGGCACGUCCUCACCUUGAACGGGCGGAACAAGUGAAAGACUGCGAGUUAUGUCGCGAAUUUUCAUCAGAAGAAAGUGGGACAAUGGCUCAUUUUCCUGGAGGUCAUUCCGAUGCAGUGUCCUUACUUGUGCUCGGUAUCCGUUAUCGGUCGCAAGCCUCCUUCCACUUUCACGCGUCGAAAAAUUUUGGUGACCCCCGCCUAUUGUUUGGUUGACGCCGCGGCCGGAUGGAAGCGAUACCAUCUGCAGACAGGUCGCGGGACAAUCGGGGCGUGUGGACUGCGGCCGGCGGGAACCACUGGAGCAAGAAAUGGCACACCGACCCGAGGCACGCCCCGGCCGGACCGCAUAACGGAUUUCCUUAAUCCGUGUUAGCGCUUUUUCGUGUUUGGGGGGAGUGGAGACACAAUGCGAGCGCCGGAGAGCCGGUCGUCAGGCGGGGUGCUAAAGAGUCUGCCUCUCGGCGCCCGCAAAAAAGAGAGCGGCCACAAUGGUGCGACCCCAGACCUCAGGCGUGCUAACUACCGGCCAUUGUCGCGCUGCCGCCACUCCGUGCGCUGCGGGCAGCCGCAAAAGGGGCUACCAUGCGCCUUCCGCACCACCGCACAGUAGCACUGCACGCCACGCCGCCAGAUGGCUCUGCUGCUCCUAACGUUCCAAGUCUCCAUACACCUGAUGACGUUUUUGUUCUUCUACUGUCAGGCGCUAGAACCUAUAUCCCAUUAUGGCUUUAUUACUGCUCCCCUUAGAGUGCCCUGUUUCCACCUUUCCUUAUUCUUCUUCUACUUAGUUUUAUUAUUACCACUACACGAGAUUAAUUAAUACAAAGCUCAAUUUAAAGAAAUUUUCCUCCAUUUCUGUUACUUUCACCAUGCCUCUCUAUUCAGAGCAUUCAUCUUGGAUAAGCUGCGAUGCUCGAUUAUUUCGUUGAUCUGCUGCAUUUCCAUCUGCUAGAUGGUUUCCGUUCCAAAAAUCGGGACCGGUGGUCUAGCGUUCUCAACAAAUCAGUUUCACAAUUUUAAUUCAACUCCAUCUACCGUUCGUCCUGAUUCUAGUUCUUAUUUCAUCAUUAGUAUUUUUCUUCACAUUCUCGUGUUCCUUUGUAGAUAAUUUCCACAGCUGUGCACAACCCAUAGUUUUGAUCCACACUACAGGACAGACUCAAUCGUUAGCCUAACUACUCGUUUUUUGUUGUUGUUGUAAAUAUUCUCUUUCCAGCAAGAAAGAGCUCAUACACCUUAUUAUUUUUCUGGUUUGAUGUAUUCUCUAUUUUUACUUCUGUAUUACCCAAUCCUCUUUUGUCAAUGUAUGGUCCUAGGUAUAUAAUUUUUUCUAGUCGUCUCACAACUUCCCGUCAUUGAUGUGCACUUGAAAUCUAGUGUCACUAAUGACUACCGUAGUUCCCAUUUGCCAUAUUGCUGAUAUGAAUAUCGUAUCGCAUUCAAAAGAUUGUAUUCAACGUGAGCUAGACUAGCCUGAUCAUCAGCAAAACUUACUGAUGACACCCUGUACAUGAUCAACAUUGAUUCCUUUCCUCCAUAGCUACUCUCUUGCUCCAGGAGAGUCAUUUCUACAUAUAAAUUGAACAAGACUGGUGACAUACAGUCACGCUGUCUCAAACCUUUUUGUCAUUAAUAAGUUUCCAUGAACAAUUCCUGUGUUAAAAUUUUAACCAACACCACGUCAAUAUGAUGAUCAAAAAGAGUAGACGAAAAGCUAUAUAAUUGCCUUAUUAUAUAGUUUUAUUUAUUUAUGUAAAUCAUCUUUUUGUAUAGCUAUAUGUAUACAGAUCUCUAAGUAUUGCUUCAACUUUAUUAUAAAAACUUUCCGUGGCAGCUGGGCUGCUAAAGAUGUGGAUGGAUAUUCGUUUUGCAACAAUAAUCUUCCUGUAUUACUUCCAGAAUCUAGCAAAAACUACAUUACAGGAAAUUGUAGAAUAUCUUUGCUUGAUCCUGUAUAAACUAAUUUAAUAAGUCCAGAUUUUACCAUGGUAUAAAUGGUUGAACUUGUAUCAAUCUUCAUGUCGUGCUUUGAAGCAUUACUGAAUUUAACUGCCCUCCGUACACUAUCGGCCCCCAUAUCUGACAGAAGUGAAGUUAAAGCUCCUCUUCUGUUCGCUGCUCUGUGAAAAAGCGUUUUCAGCUGCUCUUAACAUACCAUACUCUGUUUUGUUACGGGGUCAUCACAAGUACUGCCAUCUAAUGGACCCGACUACUCUAAUAUGAGGGAAAUCACCUGUGAACUCGAGGAAUGUAAUUUCGCACUGAACCAAUUUUUUUCCCAAUUGUUCAAGUGUCAUUUUCCUUUGAAUGCUACACCUCGCCCGGAAUGCCGACUGUCGCUGGGAAGCGAGCAGCGCCUCGGUGAGGUCUAGACCAGCCGUCUCCCCCGUCUAAUGAGCCAGACGUGACGCAAACAGCCGUCUGGGGCGCGGACAGCCGACCCGAAUUAAUGGUGCCUUCGCCGACAGGCUGUAAAUCGAGUCUCGGCAUCCAAAUUGUCUGGCGCAGGUGAGACCCAGCCAGUGCGAAAUGGCGCAGUCCCCUCCUCCUGCGAAGGGUGGAAGCUGGUUUCCUUAGCAAACGAACAGGGUGUCUGCUUAACUGUUACUGUUCUCGCAUCGAUUUUUCCGUUGUUUCUCUUUCUUAGACGUUUGUUAAGGAACUUUUCCCACGGGAUUUGUGGCCACAGACUUCCAGGUUUCCCGAAAUGUUUGAGAUUAUUAUAAUACCUAUUUCAUAAUGCAUCAGUUUAGAACACAGAAAGAAUAUGGAUGAGUCAUUUGGAAUGCUAAUUCAUUGUCCACUGAUUUUCGUGAUAAUAAUUGCAGAAGAAUUUACUCAUCUCUCACGUCUUUUUACAAUUUUCUACUAGAAGUUUCUAUCUUGUGCUAAUAUUUUCAGACCUACAGACCUAUUACACCCAGUAUUAUUUCUUUCCAGCACCUACUCAUUGUGUCAAUUAGUAAUUUCAUCUCCUUACAUAAUUUCUAACAUAAAUCCGUCACAUUACAUUUCUAAUGCUACCAUUUUCUUCUUGUCGCGUCUUCCAGUGGCUCACGUUUGAGCUAUGCGGAGUAAUGUAGAUGUAAAAGCCCACAUAUAAAACAUGUACACUUUUGUGUCAAACGAAACUUUCUUCAUCUUUGACAGUCUGAGUUUAAAGUCUCUCUCUCUUCGACAUCGCUGCUUGAAUAGAGAAGAGAAACUUCUCUCUUCCAUUUUUUCUUUUUCUUUUUAACUGCUUAGCCCUCAGUUGUAAUAUCAUUAUUUGCCAGUGUCCUCCUGACUACUCUUCACCGUACUAAUAUUUUUUAAGCAAUUGACUCAUAUUCUACACUCAGUUUCUUAUUAGAAUGUUCCACUAUGUGAACUGUAUUAGUAUAUUAAUUUUCAUAUUUAGAAGAAUACUUAUUUAUCUCGGCACAAAAUCGAGUUCCCUAUCAUGAUUAGUACUGUGGUAACUACAUAAUGAAUGCAAGUAGACAAAACCAUUUCAUCUGGGUAUUUACAUUACCACGUACAGUAGCAACGAACGGUUAUGUACCCAGUCACUUAUUUUAGCAAGGGAACUUAAUCUUAUAAAGGUCUGAAAAAAUAGAUUGUGAAUUUAAUUACUAUCACCAUCGUCAUCUUCUGCACAUAUUAGACUUUGCUUACUCACAGAAAUUAGUCAACGUCCUUCCGUCUGGUGUCAGAUCGCCUUGUAUUGCCUUGUCAUGUUGAUUUUUAUUCGUAUAGUAUUUGUUGUAGUCCUCCAUCCUGCCAACGUGCUCUUUCCAUUUACUUCUGUGCUCUGAUUUUUCCUCUCAUUUCAAGACAUUAAUCAUAAUUCUGCUUUUAUUUCUGUAUUUCCCUUUCGAUAUUGGCAUGACUAUUCUUCUAUACAAUGAGAAAUCUCAUUUACAAAAUCAAAAUGAUAAGUAUAUGUUUUCGUCUUGUUAUCUAGGUUUCGUUUCUCUGCAUAGCAGUAUUUUGUAAAACCUUAGAAGUGUCUCUUUGCUUACUUUCUUUUUAAGCUUUAUUUAAUAAUUUUCAAGAAAAAUUUCUCUGCCUUCCGUCGAAAAUAAAUUUCAUUCCAUGUGAUACAUUGCAUCCUUAGACUUAGUUACUUGCUUGUUGCCGCUCCAUUCAUUACAAUUUUGGACCUUAUUUUGUUUCUCACGAAAGCUAUCACUAUUAUAGCUACUUUUGUAGUGCUAUGCUGGUGUUUGUAGAUUACUUUGACUGUUAAGAUUCUGAGUUUAGUAAAUUAAAUAUGUAAGCACUGGAUGUCUUAUUGGAGCUCCAGGUCAUUUCGUCAUUUUUCUAUUACUAUCCUUCAAUUUUACGUCAGUAGGUGAAUCAGAAAAGGACGGUGAGAAAGAUAAUACUGAAUGGAAAGAAUAAACUUUUCUUGCCCUACUGACAACGAUAUUCGUUGUAGGAAACAAAACAUUAAGGCUGAAGAUACUGAUAUGAGUUACGUCCCUACCGCUCAACGAAACCCUUCCUAGCCGUAUUUAAGUAGGCAGAGCGAUAACUCCUCGCCUGUCCUGCAAAAGUGCAUGAACAAGUGACGGGAAGAGGAGGAGGUGCUCUUUGCAGCAGUCUUUCGCUUUGUCUCCGCUAGAGCGCCCCAGUAGCUGUAUGGUUCCGAGUGGUGUCUGCCGCUGCCCCGCCACACGUGGGGACUGCCGCUUAUCCUUCCUGCGGAGCCAAUUUCGGGGCGGGGUAUGGCCUGGCGGAGGGGUGGUAGGUGCGGGUGCUACAGAUGAAAUAGCUCCGCGUUAAAGCCGUAACGCGGCCCCAGGGAUCGCUCCACGCUACGGCAGCACAGAGGCCUCAGCGCCGCUCAAAGGUAGAGCGCCAAGUCUCACGCCUUGCCUUGUUCACUCCCCUAUUCCAUUUAUUCAUCUGCGUCAAGAGAUGGAUAAAAAAGAAAGGUGCCGUUACUUUCAUCGGCCCCUGUACUCGUAACCAAAUCAAAUCGUAGCUUAGGGUAUUUCAUGAUAUUCUCUGUUACCAGUAUUCUGCCAAUGAGACUCUCGUACCAUCACCAUAUUUAUUGCUAAACCAUCAUGUACAUAGUAUUACGGUGUAACGUACAAUGUGGACCACCCUCACUAGUAUAAUAAACGUAAUAAAUUUUAAAAAAAUGAAAUGACUUGUAUGUGAUCGAACGUUAAAGGAAAUCAUUAGCUCAUAUUUCGAAUCAUUCGUGUGAAGUCUCUUGUGUUGGGAAAACGUACAUAAAUUCACAACACUCCGAAUUACGUAUGGAAUGCUGUGUUGCAAGAUGAAACAUAGUUACGGAAUGUUCAUCUCAUUAUUCAACUGUAAAUAAUGUAUUUUUGUAAUAUACGUAAUAAAUCAGUGUUAGCAAUA